GGGGCUGGCCGGGCUCGGGGCGGGCUCGCUCCCCGGCGGCAGGGGAGCGGGCGCGGGGCACCGCAACUUCGGCAAGAUGAGUGUGGAGAACCAAGAUGUGCUGCUGGAUCUGGAGGGGGAGGAGGAGGAGGAGGAGGAGGAAGAAGAUGAUGAUGGGGAGAUCGUCUUGGAACUGAACCGGGUGAUUAUUCCCACUUACGGAACUGUGCCAGAGCAGCAAACCCUUCAUACUCCUGAAUGGGUGGAUUUUGAUGAUAAGACUGACUCCUUGUUCUUCAAAGAUGGGCAGCGAAGAAUUGACUUUGUUUUGGUGUAUGAAGAUGAAAGUAAAAAAAUGACUCAUAAGAGGAGUGAUCGUAAAAAUCAAAAGAGGAAGAGACAAGUAUAUGAAUCCAACCUGAUAAACAAUGGCUUGCAACUAGAAGCGACGAGAUCGGUUUUAGAUGAGAAACUUAUUUUUGUGAAAGUGCAUGCACCUUGGGAAGUGCUGUGCACGUAUGCCGAGGUUAUGCACAUCAAACUGCCUCUGCAACACAAUGACCUGAAAACCCAAGACUCAGCUUUCAACUGGUUCAGUAGGCUCUUCAGGGUGGAUGAAAAUAUCAUCAAACCUGAGCAAGAGUUUUUCACUGCCCCUUUUCAAAUGGAGUAUUUGUCCAGCUUCUAUAUCCAAGACAAAGACACUUUUUUCAAUCCUGCAACCAGAAGCCGAAUUGUUCAUUUUAUCCUGUCCCGUGUGGAAUACGCAACAAAAAAUAAUGUGAAAAAGUUUGGCAUUAACAAAUUACUGGACACUGGAAUCUACAAAGCAGCAUUUCCUCUCCAUGAUUCAAGUUUUAGGCACCUGUCAACUGAUCCCAACUGCCCGAGUGAACGAUAUCUCCUCUACAGAGAAUGGGCUCAUCCUAAAAACAUUUUCAAACUGCAACCCCUGGAUUUCAUCAGGAAAUACUAUGGAGAGAAAAUUGGCAUCUACUUUGCUUGGCUGGGCUUUUACACAAAUAUGCUGACUGUGGCUGCAGUUGUAGGAGUUGGAUGUUUUCUGUAUGGAUUCCUGACAAAGGACAACUGCACGUGGAGCCAAGAAGUAUGUGACCCCAACAUAGGAGGUAAAAUCAUAAUGUGCCCUCAGUGUGAUAAAGUAUGUACCUACUGGAACCUCACCAUCACUUGUGAAUCAUCCAAGAAACUCUGUAUAUUUGAUAGCUUUGGAACACUGGUGUUUGCAGUAUUUAUGGGAAUAUGGGUUACUUUUUUUUUGGAGUUUUGGAAGCGACGGCAGGCUGAACUGGAGUACGAGUGGGACACAGUUGAGUACUUGGAGCAGGAAGAGCAAGUCCGCCCAGAGUACGAAGCUCGCUGCACUCAGGUAGUGAUGAAUGAAAUCACACAGGAGGAAGAAUAUGUGCCAUACACUGCAUGUGGGAAGUGCGUACGGAUGACUUUCUGUACAAGUGCCAUCUUCUUCUGGAUCCUUUUGAUUAUUGCUUCAGUUGUUGGAAUCAUUGUCUACAGGCUCUCAGUUUUCCUGGUGUUCUCUGCCAAGUUGUCACAGCACAUCAGUGGAACGGAGGUGAUCCGCAAGUACCUGACUCCACAGACGGCCACGUCAGUAACGGCUUCGCUCAUCAGCUUUGUAGUCAUUAUGAUUCUCAACAUCAUCUAUGAAAAAGUGGCAAUCCUGAUCACUGACUUCGAACUUCCAAGGACACAGACUGAUUAUGAAAACAGUCUGACCACAAAGAUGUUCUUGUUCCAGUUUGUCAACUACUAUUCUUCAUGCUUCUACAUAGCCUUCUUUAAGGGUAAAUUUGUAGGUCACCCUGGAAGUCCAGUUUAUUGGCUAGGAAAGUACCGCAAUGAAGAGUGUGAUCCAGGUGGAUGUCUCCUUGAGCUCACAACCCAGCUUGCCAUCAUAGUAGGAGGGAAAGCGAUCUGGAACAACAUUCAAGAAGUUCUUGUUCCUUUGGUCAAGAAUCUAAUUGGAAGAUAUUCUGCAGCUGCUAGAUCAGAAAAAGUUAUUCCACGUUGGGAACAUGACUACCACCUCCAACCCUUUGGAAAACUUGGACUAUUUUAUGAGUAUCUUGAAAUGGUUAUACAGUUUGGCUUUGUGACCCUGUUUGUGGCAUCGUUCCCCCUGGCUCCUCUCCUGGCCCUUAUGAACAACAUGUUGGAAAUCCGGUUGGAUGCGUGGAAGCUGACAACCCAGUUCAGGCGCAUGGUUCCACAGAAGGCACAGGACAUUGGCGCCUGGCAGCCCAUCCUGCAGGGCAUAGCCAUCCUGGCCGUGGUCACCAAUGGACAGUAAUGCCACAGACCAUCCAUGUGGAAUAGCCUUUCUCUACAAGGUCACUGUUUUCUUCUGUUAUCAGAGAGAUCCAAAUAUGUUAUGCUAUUGGACAACUCUAUUUCCUAGUCAAUCCAGCUGGAUUUUCUAAUACCAAUAUGAAAGUAGAAGCUGAACAUUAACAUUACUUUAAAAUACUGUACCUUAUCACAGUUUUCUUGGUAUUCAGGGCAGAUUUGAAGUGGCUUUGGUGACCUCAUGUUGACCAGGCCAUGUGUUAGGAAUGUGUUUGUGCCCUGCCCUCCACACUUGAUGUCAGUGUGCAAACAGAACAUCGGCCGCUCACCUCCGUGGGGCUGUUGGCGUGCGAGAGGCUCAGCCAGAGACUGCCACAUUCAAACAGCCCCUCUGCACGUGCUGUGAGGACCUCAAAGAGAUUGGUAUUUAUUGCUAAUGAAGUGUGGGCCAUAAAGCCAUGUGCUUGAGCAAAUGCUAGAAGCUGUUUUCCUCCUUUAAGUGUGUUUCUUUUUUUGUUUGACAUCCAGGAACUGAUCCAAGUCAUCAGUCUUUCCUUUACCAACCCUGCCUUGAUUUUACCUUAGUGCCCAGAAAGGGUUCCUUCUCUUCUACAUGACUUGUUACAGCUGAUUAUCCUUGGGUAGUGUAUCACCUCCUUCAUGCACCUUCUCCUUCAUGCAUGUUACCUUUGUAGCAGCUGCUAGUACUUGCAAGCAAUUUUUGCACAAAGCUACCAGUUUUGAGAGUUGCCGUGAGGCACUGGACUUGCUAUUGCAUCUGUUGUUGAUUUGAAGACUGAUUUUAAUUAGUUAUGGUAUAAAUGGAAAACUGUGUGCAGUAAAGCUUGGGAAGCAAAGAAUGUGCUGUUUGUUUGUAGUUCUCCAGUGCAAUACUCUGAAAUGCAGCCCAUAAUUCAAGAGGAAAAAAGUUUUCCUUUGAGAGGAUGCCGUAGGAUUAGCUCUCGUAUUUCUGUCCUUGAAGCUCUCCGGAGCACAUCUGGAGAUCAUUCUGAGAAAGGGAAGAGAGUGAGAUAGGGUUCAGAUUUAGGAUGAUGAGAGACCUGGGGCCUUUCAGAAAAGAUUCAGUAAGAUCAAGUAUUAAGCUCUGUACCAGAAUCUUUCUGAUACAAAGAAGCAGCAUCAAACUCAUUUGGUCCAAAGGGAGAAGGAAUUAUUUUGGCUUAUUGAUAAGUUGAUAUUAAUUCAUUUGUGGUCUGACUAGAUGAGCUAAUGAACAGAAAGAAAGUUUAUUUAACAAGAAUUUUCUAUGCUUGUAAUUCAGACUACAAAUACUCUACUUGUACUCUACUUUUAACUCUACUUCAGAGUUAAAAACAGAGUAAUUUAGCUGUGAGGUCGUCUCCCUGCAAGUGCAAGACACAGUAAUAUCUACUUCUUGUCAGUCAAAAACACCUACUCAGCAUGUAAAUAUAAACAACACAUAAUUUUCACUUCAUUUCACACUGGCAUGUAAUGCUUAAAAACAGUAUUUAAAAGUGCAUGCCAACUACAUUUGAUCUAAGCCAAAGUGCAGUACAAGAAAAACACCUUAUCCUUGAAAAUUUUCAAUGAGUUUUAGACCUAGGAUGCCUCCCUGUUAUUUGUCAUCAGCCAAACUUUCUCUCAACUGAAUUCACUUGUAGCAAUAAUCUGGAGAACUAAAUGCAGGUCUGGGACCACAGUCUCAAAAGGAUUGUUUCUGCAAAUUUUAUCUUAACUACAGUGCACCUCCUCAGGUUCUUCAAAAGGUAAGACACUAGGAUAUUAUUCAUCAUUUGGCAGUGGUGCUACUUGAGGUAGGGUGGGUCUUGUCCCCUUUUCAACUCCCUGUCUUUCUCCCUCAGUCCUGUCUCUUGCAUUGUGCUGGCACCAGCACUGUACAAACACAUGAUGAAUCAGACCAGGGAAAGGAUCCAGUGGUGAUUCCCAGUCAGAUCAGCAUUGUCAUCUGAUCUGCUGCAUGGGCCCAGAAAUGCCCAAGCCAGUGCAGAGCUCGAGUCGACUGCUAGAGGCAGAGGCAGGAGGUUGUUUUAGCUAGCACUGCCACCAAAGUAUUUUUCAAGGAACUGUAGAGGAGGUACCCACAUUUUUUUUUUCACCUUUUCUCCUCUCUCCCCUUCCCUUCUUCUACAACUGUUACAAAUACCUCCUCAGGCUGAGACUGGCUGGCUGGGAAUGCUGCACAAAAAUGGAGAUUUUUCUUUCCCAUGUCAUCAAAAUAAGGAAAUAUAGACUUCAUGAAUUGCAGACUAGCAUGGUGGUGAAUAAAUACAGAUAUUAACCAGUUUUUAUGCUCCUCUGUUACCCAUUGACUUUGCCCCUAACUCUGUCCCAUGAUUCUCCUGUGGUUUUUCUGCCUCUUUUAUACAUCUCUGCCUAAACCUUCCUCCUGAUCUCAUCAGAUCUCUACUUCACACCUUUUUCCUCCAUGUCUCUGCCCUGGUUCUUUCCAUCCAUGUUGUCAAGUGGGUAUUUAUAUCCUGAUACGGGACAAAACACUUCUCUUUCAGUCCUGGAGUGCACCUAGUCACUCCUUCCCAGGCGCUGGGCACCAGAGACGCCUGUUGUCAUGAGCUGGCUGGGCAGCCUCUUGCUAAAUACUC